AUGUGCAUCGCGGCAUGGGCGUGGCAGUGCCACCCGACGCACCGCCUGCUUCUGCUCUUCAAUCGCGACGAGUAUCACUCCAGGCAGACGCAGCCGGCGCAGUGGUGGGCGGCAGGGGAGGACAGCAAGGAAAUCCUCGGAGGCAGGGACGAGCUCGGCGGGGGGACGUGGAUGGGGUGCACGAGGGACGGUAAGGUCGCCUUCCUUACCAACGUGCGGGAACCCAGCUCGCUGAUCGGGGCCCCGACCAGAGGACAGCUCCCGGUCAGGUUUCUACAGGGCAGCCAUGGUCCAUUGGAGUAUGCCACAGAAAUUGCAAAGGAAGCAAAUCAGUACAAUGGAUUUAACCUUAUAUUGGCUGAUGUGAACUCAGGGACCAUGGUUUACAUCUCUAAUAGACCUGGAGGUGUUCCUGUGAUUCAAACAGUUGCUCCUGGGCUUCAUGUGCUUUCGAAUGCUGCAAUUGAUUCCCCUUGGCCAAAGGCAAUGCGCUUAGGACAGAGUUUCAAAAGAUAUCUGGCAACACAUGAUGAUGCAGAAGACUCUUUAAAACAGAUGGUAGAAGAGUUGAUGAUGGAUACCGCCAGGCCUGAUAGAUCUAUGAUGCCUGACACCGGUGUCGACCCUGAGUGGGAGUACAAGCUAAGCUCAAUAUUCAUUGACACUGCAAAGGAGCAGGCACGAUAUGGAACACGAAGCAUGGUGGCGCUAGCAGCGAAGUUGGAAGGUGAGGUAACAUUCUAUGAAAGGUUCAAGGCCACCGGCGCCAAGCGCAAGAAGGCCGGCGGCGCCAAGCGCGGGCUCACCCCCUUCUUCGUGUUUCUGGCUGAGUUCAGGCCGCAGUACCUGGAGAAGCACCCUGAGCUCAAGGGCGUAAAGGUGGUGAGCAAGGCGGCUGGGGAGAAGUGGCGCUCUAUGUCGGAUGAGGAGAAGGCAAAGUAUGGCGCUAGCAAGAAGCAGGAUGACAAAGCAAGCAAGAAGGAGAGCACUAGCUCCAAGAAGGCCAAAACUGAUGGUCGGGAGGGAGAGGAAGCAGUGAAGUCCGAGGUUGAGGAUGAUGAUGAGCAGGAUGGUAAUGAGGAUGAAGAUGAGUAA